AGGAUCAACCACGGAUCUCGAAGAGCAGAGAGAGUCUCGACUGACGGAAGAGGCGCCCCGCAGAGCCCGGCCAUGGCUGCCGGCCGCGACGAGCCGGAGACGGUGGAGGUGACGCUGCGCGCCGUCGGCCCGUCCCGCCCCACCACCCUCCGCCUUCCCCCGCUUCUCUCGGUCGCCGAGCUCCGCCGCCGCAUCGCGCGCGAUCGCCGUCUCGCAGCCACAGAAGAGGGCCGCCUCCGCCUGGUCCUGCGGGGGAGGACGCUCCCGCACCAAGACGACGCCCAAAUCAACCUCCGCGAUGGGGAUACACUAAUAGUGGCCGUGGCACCUAAGCCGCCUGCUAAGCAUCUCCGUGAGGAUGACGAUGAGGAGGAGGAAGAGGAAGAGCUGAAGUUCAAAAUACCACAAACGACAACCUGGUGGAAGAGGAAAAUCUUCAUGUUCCUUCGAGACAAAAUGAGGCUUCCUGAUAUCAUUUUGAUGGCGCUGUUUUUGCUCAGUAUGAAGGCAUGGAUUAUUAUUGCAAUGUGGUUCCUAUUUGCACCCAUAGCUCAAAAAUAUGGCCUUGGACCUCUAUAUAUACUUGGUACAGGUUUCUUGAUCAUACUUCUUAAUCUCGGAAGACGACAACAAGGUGAUGUUAGUCUUGUACGGCACUCAAAUUCUGAUCUGAUGGUUGAGAAGGCCUCUCUAAUGCAGUUGUACUGCCAUCUAUCAAAAUGUGGACGUGCUUUUGCUAGAAUAGAAUUCGCUUCUGUGCAUACUCCAUAUUCAAUGAAGACUUCAGGGAGCUGCCAGGAACACUUAAUGCAGAUCGCAUAGAUAGAGACAUCCGAGCAGGUCAAUUUUGAGUCUGGAUGAAUAGCAACCAUGUUUUGCUGAGAUUUGUACAGAAGCAUAGUGGGCCUUGUCUUUUGUUUGUGCCUGGAAAACACUUUCAAAAUCAAGAUAGUGCCCUUCUAUAAGGCCUAGUGUAUUUCUUACCUGUAAGUGAAAUAUCGUUGCAUGCUGACGAUAGGAAAUUACCCGCACACUUUGCAGAUAUCUGAAUUCGCGAACCCAAAAAAGUCAAGUUAGCUAAGACUGGCAGCCACAGAGUUCCGUUCCUGCUCUUAUGAGCCCUUAAAUGCUGUCUAUCCUAUAUGUAUGAAUUUGAUUUUUGAGUUAUACUGGUACAGAGGUUCUUUGCCCUA